GCCCCCUAGAUUCUUGCUUAUUUUUUUUUUUUUGCUUUUGCUCUCUGAAACAGUGACACUUCGUCUUCUUCGUCUUCGUCGUCUCUAACCAUCGAAGUCAAUCUACCACUCGAGGAUGGCUAGUAACCAUAACGGUAGACACACCAUCAUCUUGCUGCAAAACUCUCCAAGCAGAGCUACGAGGACGUUUAUGGACUAUGAUUCUAUAGGCCAAGCUAUGGAUGGUAUUUGCGGCUUGUACGAGAGGAAGUUGAAGGAGAUUAAUCCAUCUCUCAGGAAUCUUAGCUAUGACAUUGCUGAUCUUUACAACUUUAUGGAUGGUUUUGCUGACAUGAGCGCUUUGGUGUAUGAACACUCGAUGCAUGCGUAUCUGCCAUAUGACAGGCAGUGGAUUAAGCAGAAGGCGUUCAGCCAUCUCAAGAGACUUGCCAAUGGAGGCAGAUGAUUAAGACAUAUGAGGCCACUCAAUGUGAUAUAUUCCUAAUGCAACAAGAUAUGAUUAAAUAGUGUGUUGUGGUCCUUGGAUUUGUAAUAACAGAAGUGUAACUUUAAACACCAACAUUGUGAAGAAAUUAUAAAGAAAUUUAAUAAUUUAAA